GUUAGGAAACAAGGAAGACCUUUUACCGACAUUAGACCUUGUUCAGUAACCAGAAACUUACAUCCAACAUGCUCUGUACCAUCUUAGCUCUUUUGCUCCCCCUGGUGGUGAACUCACACCCCGUCGGUCGAAGUCUGCUGCCCUUGGACUGUGAGGACAUCUACCAGAAUGGAUCAGUGCAUAACGGGGUUUACACCAUCUACCCGACAACAGCCGACAAGCCUGUGGAGGUGUACUGUGACAUGGGGUGUACAGAGGACGGGAUCCACGGGAAGGACGGGCAAUGGACGGUGAUCCAGAGGAGAAUGGAUGGCACUGUAAACUUCUACCGGCCCUGGGAUCACUACAAGGAGGGCUUUGGGAACAAGAACGGAGAGUACUGGCUCGGUCUGGAGACUAUUUUCAGCCUCACCUGGAGGGGCAAGUACGAGCUGCGGGUGGACAUGGAGGACUGGGAGAGGGCUCGCGUCUACGCCCAGUACUUGUCCUUCUCCAUCGACCCCGAGGACGAUGGCUACGCGCUUCGCUUGAGCGGAUACAUGAACGGUGGAGCGGGUGAUUCUCUAAGUUAUGUGAACGGGAGGAAGUUCUCAACCUACGACAAAGACCAAGAUUCCAGUUCCUCCAACUGUGCAGAUCUCCAUGAUGGUGGCUUUUGGUUCGGUUCCUGCUUAGUUGCCAAUCCCAACGGGUUGUACAAGGGGAAGGGUAGUGUGGCGUCCCAGACAGGAAUCUAUUGGCACAACUGGAAAGGCUAUUAUUACUCUCUGAAGUCCAUCACAAUGAAAAUCAAGAGGGUGUCUCUAUCUGAAGCAUAAUUUGCAAUGGCAUCUCUCUCUCUCUCUCUCUCUCUCUCUCUCAGAUCAAAAGCAUCAACUUGAUUUUUUCCAUGUUAGGGCGUACUAUCCCACGUGAGACUAUGGCAAAAAGAAAGGCGUUCGUGACAAUCUCUCUAAAAUUCACUUGUUUGUUUUAGAGUCCAACAUGAUUAAAAUCAAGAGGAUCUAUCUAAAGCGUAAUUGAUAAUGGAAAGUCUAUAUCAUUCUUUCUCUUUCUGUUAGAAAUGUUUUGUUAGCAUCAACAUGAUUUUUUCAUAUUGUCAGACUAUGGCAAAAUAAAGGCAUUAAAGGUGAUACUUUCUCUUCAA